AAAAAAUUGAAACAAACAGAGGAGAGGUAACCAUGAGAUAGUGUGACCAGAAAAACGAGAAUGGAAAAGUGCAAAGUGAUGAUGAUCAAUCGGAAAACAAGGAAUUUAUAAAGUUCCAACAAUCAGAUAAUGAUGACGUACUAACAACCGCCAUGAAUUUCUGUGCUACCCCCAUUUAAUUUGCUUACUUUGCUCCUCUUGUCUAUAUAACUGCACAAAUCAAUUACAAAAACACACACUUACGCACUGACAGUGAUCACUGCUGCAAAAUGUUCGUAAUUGAUUAGUGAGGAAAAUAUAGCACCGGGAUCUUCCUUUUUCUGCGGUAUUCUCUUUCUUGCUUAGAUGAAUGGAAAUAUUAGAUCGAUGGCACGAGGCUUUAUCGGAGUUUAAUCGGGGAAGCUCCUGCAGGAGGAGGAGGAGUGGAGGUGGACGGCGGUUGAAGUGGGGUCGGGGCGACACGGCGGCGAGUCCCGUUGCCGAACGGUAUGCUCCGGUGGCUGGAAGAGGAGGAGAUGGAAAGAUCCGGCGGAUGAGACGCAGUGCUACGGUGGUGGAUGAGAGGAGGUCAGCAAGGAAGCUGGCAGCUGGGGUGUGGUGGCGGCAUUUAGCUGCUGGGCCCGGCGGUGUGACGUGGCAUCCGAGUCAGCAUCCGCGGUCUUCUGGUCGGUUACAACUUGGGGUUGAUUCAGUGUCUAAUAAAAUUGGAAUGGAGGGAGCUACAAAAAAUUGGGAUCAUUUUGAUUGUAAAAGUCCCAACGAAGUUAGCCGAUUUCACAGGCAUCAUAGGCUUCAUCCAAACAAUAUUUAUGAUGAUCCAGCGGCAACGAUCACAGGCUUGCAACUUGAGCUAGUCAGAGCUCGAAAUUGCGGGAAGCAGCUCGAAACUGAGCGCCAUUUCCUUAAGGAGAAGCUCAAGCAUUUCCUCAAGGGUCUUAAUCAAGAAACUGAAUCUUGGAUGAAAAGAGAACGCAUCAAAAUGCUUCAAAUAGUUAGCGAAUUGAAGGGUGACCUAGAAAAGGAGAGGCAAAAAUGUCGAAACAUGGUUAAUAUUAAUUCUAGGCUGCUCAUGGAUCUAGCUGAUGCUGAUUCAUCCCACAAGAAAACUAUGCUGGAGUUGGAGAAAGAAAAGAGCAUCAGGGAAUUUCUGGAAAAUGUGUGUCUUGAGCUGCGCGACGAAACCAAGGGGCACGAAGGGAACUUAAGGGCUAUGGUGAUGGAAUGCGAGAGAAUCCAAGAGGAAGUGGAAGAAGAGAGAAAGAUGAUGCAAAUGGCGGAGGUCUGGCGCGAGGAACUCCUCCAGAUGAGAUUAGUCAAUGCAAAACUGAUUCUUGAAGACAAGUAUUCUCAAAUGAACAAUCUAAUCGCAGAUAUGGAGGCCGUCUUGUCGAGAUCCAAGGAUGCAAGUAGUACUCCUCCUGAUGACGUAUUUCAAGAUGAUGAUGCAAUUAAAAUUGAAGAAAAUGGUUUCAAUAGAAGGAGUUGGUGUUUGCCCGGUGGCCGGAGAAAUCCGCACGUGAUUGCUCGGAAAAUGAGAGGAUGUAUUGAAUGGCCACAAGGAGGGUUCAUCCCGAAAAUGAUCAACUGUUCAAAAGCCUAUGAAUUGGGAGCCAGAAAAUGCAGUUGCGUAAUGUGCUUAAGCAAGCAAAGUCUGAAUUAGUAGCUGGUAGAUUAAUCUAAAUGUAGCUGCCUAAUGUGCUAUAUUAAUUCUAAAUUCAAUUUCCUAUACUUUAAAGGGUCAUUACUCAUUAAUCUGAGAGAUUUUACUUGGAAGUACUGAUUCUGAAAGUAUACAAGAGAUAAGUAUAUAAUCUUUUACCCAAGUUCCAU